AUGGCAGCCGGUCCUCCCCCUCCACAGCCCCCGGUGCAAGAACCACCUCCCUUGGUUCCUCUAAGGUACCGCCCGGGACCUAGGACAUCUCGUCCUCGGAGUUCCAGUCUGGCCUUCGAGGUGGACCUUCCUCGACGUCCUGGUACUGUACCUAUCCCACAACCUGUACCACCUCGUGCUCCUUUUCAACCACAUCGACGUCGUGCAGCGCGGCCACCACAGUUUGGUCCUCCGCCCUUUGAAGCCGAGGGAGAAGGACAAUAUCCUCCUCCGGUCGUACCGACAGGCCAUGCUGGACCGGAAGGAGGUCGUCAACCUCGUCCUCCAAGCGAUAUUGAUUUUUGGACAGGGUUCUUCGCGAUCGUGCGGCUCAUCGUCCGGAUCUCUCAGAUGGAUGGUACACUGGUCCACCUGGCCGUGUUAGACAACCCACUGCCCGACCGGAUCUAG